GGGGCCGGCCUGAGAGCCGCCACUUCCUGGAGCCGCCGGUCGGGGCCGCUCGCCGCACUCAGCGCCGGAGCCCGCGGCCGCCGCCAUGUCCCACCAGACAGGCAUCCAAGCAAGUGAAGAGGUGAAAGAUAUCUUUGCCAGAGCCAGAAAUGGGAAAUACAGACUUCUGAAAAUAUCUAUUGAAAAUGAGCAACUUGUUGUUGGAUCUUGUAGUCAGCCUGAAGAUACCUGGGAAAAGGAUUAUGAUUCCUUUGUCUUGCCCUUGUUGGAGGACAAGCAGCCAUGCUACCUGUUAUUCAGGUUAGAUUCUCAGAAUGCCCAGGGAUAUGAAUGGAUAUUCAUUGCAUGGUCUCCAGAUCAUUCUCAUGUUCGUCAAAAAAUGUUGUAUGCAGCAACAAGAGCAACUCUGAAAAAAGAAUUUGGAGGUGGCCACAUUAAAGAUGAAGUAUUUGGAACAGUAAAGGAAGACGUAUCAUUACAUGGUUAUAAAAAAUACCUGCUGUCCCAGUCUUCCCCUGCUCCCCUGACUGCAGCUGAGGAAGAAUUACGGCAGAUUAAAAUUAAUGAGGUACAAACUGAUGUGGGUGUGGACACGAAGCAUCAAACACUACAAGGAGUAGCCUUUCCUAUUUCUCAAGAAGCUUUCCAGGCUUUGGAAAAACUGAGCAACCGACAGCUCAACUAUGUGCAGUUGGAAAUAGAUAUAAAAAAUGAGAUUAUAAUUUUGGCCAACACCACAAGUACAGAACUGAAAGAUUUGCCAAAGAGGAUUCCCAAGCAUUCGGCACGCUACCAUUUCUUCCUGUAUAAACAUUCCCAUGAGGGAGACUACUUGGAGUCUAUAGUUUUUAUUUAUUCAAUGCCUGGAUACACGUGCAGUAUAAGAGAACGGAUGCUGUACUCAAGCUGCAAGAGCCCUCUGCUAGAAAUUGUAGAGCGGCAACUACAGAUGGAUGUAAUCAGAAAGAUUGAAAUAGACAAUGGGGAUGAAUUGACUGCAGACUUCCUUUAUGAAGAAGUGCAUCCCAAGCAGCAUGCACAUAAGCAAAGCUUUGCAAAACCAAAAGGUCCUGCGGGGAAAAGAGGAAUCCGGAGACUAAUUAGGGGUCCAGCCGAAACAGAAGCCGCUACUGAUUAAAAAUUGGUCUGCUCAACAUUGCAAUACUAGUUAUUUUUUCAAGUUCACUUUUAGUAUAUGGGAGAACUGAAAUCAUUCCACGUUGAUAUACAGUAGGGAGGGAAAUUGUACUUUUUGAAAAAUAGCACUUUUCACUUGUGUGUGUUUAUAAAAUGUUAUGGAAGACUCAUGAUUUCUAUUUUUGAGUUCAAGCUGGGAACGAUUUCAACACAACAUUUAGUUUUGUCACAUCUUUUUCACUGAGUGUUGAUUUCACACUUAAACAUAAUUCUGAACAUUUGAUAUAGUUGGGCCAGAAAGUCUUAAUAUACUUCUAUUUAGUGGACCAUCCGAGGCUAUUCACCUCCUGGAUGGCUAUGCUAAGGACCAGGCUGGAUUACUCUUUAAGCUGGAAAUGCAUUAAGCUAACAAGGGGUGGAAGGUUGCUUACCCUGAGAGCUGUGCUGUCAGAUAUGGACCAUGUCUGCAUUUUGAGAAAUAAUUGCAGCAGUCAUUUCUACUUUAACUUUGGUUUUUUUUUCAAUGGCAUUAAAUUUUCAGAGUAGCUUACUCUGGAACUAUAAGGGUACGAGAUACUGUACUGCAGGAUUGCUGACAGUCUGCCUUGGUGAAUUCUCUCUCCAGUGGUUAAAAAAAUUUUUUUUUUUCCAAGGAAGUCAUUUCAUUUUAAGUGCUGUGAAGCCCACAGUGCUUAUAUGUGUUCAGACUGAGAUUCAAAUUAGUGAUUAUUCAGAUGGAAACAAGACUAAAGAAAGGGUUUUCUUUUUUAAAACCAUGGGUUUAUAGAAAAAUCAUGUUCUUUUAUCCUUGUGCUGCAAAUAUCAGAUUUUAAUUGUUUGAAAUCCUAGUACUGAACAGCCUAACUUAGCUUAAGAAUCUUGUCUCAGUUAAUAUCUCACUUAAAAAUGCAUUUAACUGUCUUUUAAAGCUUUUGCAUUUUCAGUUAGAACCUAGAGAGAUUUUGAGCCUUUGAUACUUGAAAUAGAGGGAGCUAGAAUACAUCAUAUUUAAUCUGUUAACCUGCAGCAGAGCCAUAAUCUUGAGAAGCUUUUGAAAGGAACUGUGGUAUGCAGAAUUUGGGAUUCCUUGAUUUAAAUUUCAUGCUGCAUAAAAAGUAUCAGAAAUGCACAUUUCAUAGUGUAAAAUAUGAAGAAUUCAUUGCUAAACCUUAUUACCUAAGGUAGACAUACCUUUCAGAAAUUCAGUGUGUGUUCAAGUAAAGGAUAUAAGGAUAAUUAUGGGUUGGCAGAUUUUAAAAAAUAGAAUUAAGAAUAUUUGUGUGACUUUUGUUUACAAAAUAAUUAGAGUAUAAUAUUUAAACUUGCAAAAUAGUUGACAGUAAUGUUGCACUUGUUUAUUAAAGAUAUGCUUUUUCUUAUAAAGUUCCUUAGGUGCACAAACAGAAACACAUACCCACCAAUUACUGCUUUGAGAGGCCUGGGGUUUAUGUUUCAGACCAUAGCUGAAGUGGUCCUUUGCAGUCAGGAAGAAUAUGACUGUUGUGAAGAUAAAGAGUAUUUCAGCAGCAAAUAUUUUUCUGUACCAUCCAUGUGCAAUUACACUCUUAAAUCCCACUACACUACAUGAUCAUAAAUGGACAUUCCAAAAUGUAGAUAUAAUUAUAUGAUCUUACUAAUUAUUGUUAAUGCAAUGAUUUCUGAAGAAUCACUUCUGUAUUUGUUUUAGAGGAUAAUUCAUUGUUUACAGGAUGUUUUAAGUGACACUAGAUGUGAAUAACAUUCCCAAUAAAUUUAUAUAGCAGUGCAAAAUUACGUGCUUUCUGUGGACAUUUUAUAAGUGCAUUUUAUAUCACAAUAAAAUGUUUUCUCUUUAA